AUGUCGACAACCGCAGAAAACCCGCUGCUUUCGACUUCCCGUGCAUCGGACACCAGCCCCAUCGUUCAACUCCAUCCGCUUGUACUCCUCACAAUAUCAGACUGUAUAUCACGACACACAUUACGACAGCAGUCAGGGCCAGUGGUCGGAGCUAUUCUAGGCGCUCAGAAUGGUCAAGAAGUCACAAUGGAGGUGGCUUUCCAAGCAAAGCUGAACAGCAAUGCAAAUGGAGAGGUCACACUUGAUGACGACUGGUUCAGUAAGCGUGUCGAAGACUUCAAGGAAGUGCACAAACAGCCUCAACUAGACUUGGUUGGUUGGUUCACGCUUGGUGCAGCUUCCGGGCCCGGUCCUCACGUCCUACCGAUACAUACGCGCAUAGUCGAGCUAUACAACGACUCACCCAUCCUCCUAUUGUUCCACCCGGAGAGCACAUACACAGAGGCCACCGCGGCCGGCAAGUUGCCACUCACACUUUACGAAUCACUCUCCGAAAAUGCACCCAGCGAUCCCAACGACAAGGCUAUGGACAUCGAUGGCGCUAUCCAAGCCAAAGCUAUCAAGUUCAGGGAACUCGUAUACUCCGUCGAGACUGGCGAGGCUGAGAUGAUCAGCGUGGACUUUGUUGCGCGCGGAGGAGGUAACGCUACUGCUGUUGAGGGCUCUGUUGACGCUUCUACUCAUGCAGCCGAGACUUCGAAAGCCAACGAGAGCGCAGGAAGGAAGGGAAAGGGAAAGCAGAAAGAGAAAGACAGCGAGAAGGAUGCUCCCAUCGACGAGGCGACAGUAUUGGACGCGGAUGACGAAGAGAUCCUCUCGUCACUGACAGCAAAGAUGAACGCCGUCCGCAUGCUAAGUCGUCGCGUCGCGCUCCUCCGCGCUUAUCUCAACGCCCUACCGCCAUCGUAUCUCUCAGACCCAUCUCUCGCACCAAGCGCGGCUCCAGACGCCAACCAAUCACUACCGCUAGAUCACACCAUCCUCCGUAGCAUCUCGGCCACACUUGCGCGCCUCAACAUCCUCGCUCCACCAGAUUCUGAUGCGUUUACACUCGAGUCCCAACAAGAAGCAUCAGACGUUCAGCUCGUGAACCUCCUGGCAUCUAUCACAAACUCUGUAUCUUCAGCCAAAGAACUCGGCCGCAAAAGCCAUAUCGUCGAAAAUGCCAAGAGUCAGGGCAAAAGCCGGAUGGGCAACAUUAUGGGCGGCUACGGAGGGCCGCCCGAGGGCAAUUUCUUCGACAUCGGCGGUGGUCCUGGAGGCUUGAGGGCGGGUGGUGAAAGGUGGUCAUGA